AUGGAAGCUAAAAAGCGGGCAGAUUUCAAGCACAAGUCUUUCAAAAUAGAGAGGAUGAAAAAGCAGGCCUUGGAAUCAGCCGACAGCAUGGAGGAUGAUGAGUUUAUGUUGCGUGCAACCGAGGAUGAUAAGAAGAAGAAGGGUGGUGGUGCUUCUGAGGCGGCAAAGAAAGAGUCGAGUUGUGGUGCAAGUUCAAUGAGGUGUUGCCAAGCUGAGAAGUGCAUGGUGGAUCUAACUGAUGCUAAGACAUACCAUCGGCGGCAUAGAGUUUGCGAGCACCACGCGAAGGCGGCAGAGGCCAUUGUUGCAGGAAUCCGCCAGAGGUUUUGUCAGCAAUGCAGCAGAUUUCACGAGGUAUCAGAAUUUGACGAAGCGAAAAGAAGUUGCCGAAGACGUCUGGCCGGUCACAAUGAAAGAAGAAGGAAAAACUCAGUUGAUUCUCACUCAACAGAAGGAGGCUCAAGCAUGGCAGGAAAUCAAAUUUGUGGGCAGGUUGAUGACAGAGGAAGGAUUCAGAUAGCAAGCAGUUCAAGAAAAUGCUUCUAA